AGUGACGUGACGUUUACAAAUUCUUGUUGGUGUGUCGUAAACUGCGAAAAAUUCGCCACGCAGAAUGGGAGACACGCCAGCUUCAGAUUUGGAGUCCAACAAAGGAAGCCCUAAGGCUGAGAAUGACUCUGAACUGGACCGGCGUCCCUUUGGUGGGCUAGAGUUUCAAGUAUCUGAAGUAGUAGGAAGACUAGAAGCCGUAGUGAAUGCUCAAGAUGCGCCCGAAGAGGAGAAAAAGCCGGAACCGCGUAAGAUGAGCUGCGGUUUCUUCGAACCUGAAGAAAGUUCUAUGGAUGAAAUUCUAAAGGUUUUAGAGGACUUGGUGAUAAAGACUGACCCUAAUUCUGAGUGUCUGGAGCCUCCGUUGCUACCUACUGACGCGGUGACUCGCGCGGCGAUUCUUUCACACAGUAUAGCUGCAUUAUUUGGAAGACUGGAGAGGUCUCAUGCUAUGAGACUAGGAGCUCAUAUUGCGAGUGAAACCACUCGUUGGAUGGCACAUAUGUUUAGGUUGGUAGACUACAAUGCAUUCUAUCACCAAGACAACAUGGAAGGGCUGGUGAGAGUCACAAGGAUGUUACUUCAUCACAGAUAUCCAAGAUAUUUAGAAGAUGGAGCUCUGGCAUUCAGCAAUCGCCUGCCGUGUAUAUACAGCUGUGUGGCGAGCCCCUUAGUUGUAGUCCAACACUUGUGUAGACAACUCAGUCUGCCGCUGGCUUGUGUGCGACCCGUGCCUGUACAUCCUUCAGGUCGCGGUAUGGACACGGAGGCGUUGGAGCGGCUGUGCGAGGAGGACGUGGCGGCGGAGCGCACGCCGCUGCUGGUGCUGGGCGAGGCGGGCGCGGCGCCGCUCGGCUGCGGCUCGGCGCUGCGCCCGCUGGCCGCGCUGUGCCGCGCGCGCGCCCUGCAUCUGCACCUCCGCGGCCACGCCUUGGCGCUGCCCGCCGCUAUCGCCACACAAGAGACUUACAGUGUACCGGAUUCUGUGGCGCUGACACCUGGGCCAUGGUUUGGAAUACCAGGCCUACCGACUGUUACAUUUUAUAAAAUACCUGAAGCAGUGACUGCAAAUGAUCAUUCCAAGUCUGUUAGUACGGGCGCGGGGCGCGAGGGCGCGCUGGCGGCGCUGGCGGGGCUGUGCGGCGGCGCGCGGCUGCCGGCGCUGGCGCUGUGGGCGAGCAUCCGCGCGGCGGGGGCGCGGCGGCUGGCGCGCGCGCUGCACGCCGCCUUCCGCUCCGCGCACGCCGUGCGCGCGCUGCUCGCCGCCAGGGGGCUGCGCAUACUGAGUGAACGACCCGGCGGUGAUGAACCACCGAAUGUUGACAUUGUUGACGCGAUAAGCCAGGCGUCAGCGUGCGUGGCGUUCCAGUUCGCGCCGGAGGGCGGCGAGGGGGGCGGGGCCGACAAGCCGCCGCCCUACUACGACAAGCUCAACUCCUGGCUGGGGCAGGUGCUGCAGCGGGAGGCAGACAUGAUAACAAUCGAGGUGUGCGAGAGCGAGUCGCACGGCGUGGUGCUGCGCUACUGCCCGCUGGAGGGGCGGGGCGUUGGGGGCGUGUCGGGGGCGGAGGCGGAGGGCGAGGCGCUGGCGGCCUGGGCGGGCGUGCUGGACGCGCAGCUGCAGGUGCUGCACGCCACGGUGGCGCUGCGCGAGCCCUUCCGCCGCCGCCUGCAGCACCACCCCUGUCUGCGCCUCGUGCACGUGCCCGGCUGGGCGGGUCUGGGCGGAGUGCGAUACGUGGGCGAGGGCGGGGGCGAGGGCGCCAGUGCGGAGGAGCUGAACGCGCUCAACCGCCAGCUGGUGGACACGCUGCGCCUCACCGACGGCGCCUUCUCCUGCGGGGACGGAGACGACGGCAUGGACUGCAUCAGGUUCGGCAUGGUGACGGCGGACACGGACGUGGAGGAGCUGCUGGAGCUGGUGGUGGCGGCGGGCAGGGAGGUGGAGGACAGCUCGCGGGCGCUCACUGAUAUGACUGAAGUACUCAAAAAGGGUAUAGAGGAGGCGCAGGCGGAGCUGGAGCGCGACGCGUGGCAGGAGGGGCUGCUGACCACAACUGAAACCAAAGUGUUCUGUGGAGUUCUUAGUCUAUGGUCUGUUAAGUGA